AAACAUAAUGUUUGAUACGUUCACAUCAUCACAUGUGUUGUGUCCACAUUCAUUUCCACAGUGCACCAACAUCCAUCCAUUCUCUUCAAUUCUUCGAUGAUUUGCUGUUUUACUUUAUUGUUUGUUCAAUUACAUAACAAACCACCUUAACCAUUUAUAGUCAGAGUUUCAUCUCUAAUUAGUGCGUAUGAAAAAACAUAUAUUGAAAGCGGUCAAUAUCUCAAGGGAAUUAAUAUUCGUAGUUGUGCCCCGAAGGGGAGCAGAUUGUCUCAAGUAACAUUGUUAUAGUGAAUGGUCAAAGUGUAAUAGAGUUCACAUGGUAUGGUCGCCCCAUAUCGGCCCACAGUCGACCAAACAUUAAACAAGGCAUAUACAUUUGUUCUUCAUCAAGUCGACUUAUAUCAAUCCACACUCCACCAAGUGUCAAGUCUGUUUAGACAUAAACAUUUGUACUUCAAUAGGUUGGUCGAGUUGUCUUGUCACAUAAACUGUUCUUCCUUUUUUUUUUAACUAUCAUAAUUUUUGCCUAGGCUAAUAAACUCUUCAAAUGCAAACUUCAUUUUCAUACUCAUUUUCACCACUUCACUUAUUACCAUUAAACUUUUUGUUUUCCCUAUUUUGGAUUUGCUCAUCCUUGUGGCUCCUUCUCUAGUCUCUACUCCAUCACAAAUAUUUUAUCUAUCCUAUUCAUCUCUUUUUCUUUGUCUUUGAUAUGUCUUUCUGAUUUUGUGUUGCAAAUAGAAAAGGAUUUGGUCAAGAAGGUCACAUAAAAAACAAAAACAUUGUUGAGUUGUAAUUUGGAAAGAUGGAAAAUGAAAAUGUUGGAGAGGCAUUGUUGAAGAAAAAAUACUAUGAGAAUUGUCCUGGUUGUAAGGUGGACAAAGCAAAAGAGCUCAAAACUGAUGUUUCAUUUCGAAAUCUCUUGAACAUAUGGAUGGUUGUUUUAUGCAGUGCUUUGCCUAUAUCAUCUCUAUUUCCUUACCUAUAUUUCAUGAUAAGAGAUUUCAAUAUUGCAAAAAGAGAGGAGGAUAUAAGUGCUUAUGCUGGUUAUGUAGGAUCUGCAUUCAUGCUUGGAAGAUCUUUCACAUCUAUACCGUGGGGAAUGGUAGCUGAUCGUUACGGUAGAAAACCUGUUGCAAUUAUAGGGAUUAUCUCGGUUAUCAUUUUCAACACACUCUUUGGCCUUAGUACAAGUUUUUGGAUGGCUGUUACUACCCGAUUUUUUCUCGGAAGUUUAAAUGGUUUGCUUGGACCAAUGAAGGCUUACUGUUCCGAAAUUUUUCGAGAAGAAAAGCAAGCUCUUGGACUCUCAACUUUCAGUGCAGCAUGGGGGAUGGGCUUAAUAAUUGGACCAGCAUUGGGAGGUUAUUUGGCUCAGCCAACAGUGAAAUAUCCACAUAUAUUUCCAAAGAAUUCCUUUUGGGAUACGUUUCCAUAUUUUUUGCCUUCCAUUUUAAUAUCAGCUUUUGCUGUUGUGGUUGCAAUUUCCUGCAUCUGGCUUCCGGAAACACUACACAACCACCCUCUUGGUGAUCAGUCCACUAAUGAUGUUGAAGCUUUAGAAACUGGAAGCAAAACGAAAGACAAAGACAAGAUAAUUCAAAAAGAUGAAAAUCUCUUCCUAAACUGGCCUUUAAUGUCAUCUAUAGUUGUAUACUGCAUUUUCUCACUUCAUGAUAUUGCUUAUCAAGAGGUUUUCUCUUUAUGGGCUGUUAGUCCUAGAAGGUUGGGUGGUUUGAACUUUACAACUGAUAAUGUUGGUGAUGUUCUCGCAAUAUCAGGUUUUGCCCUUAUUGUUUACCAGCUUUGCCUAUACCCAUCAUUGGAAAGAGCUUUCGGACCUGUAAGAUUGGCUCGCCUCUCCGGGGUGUUAUCCAUACCUCUUUUGCAAAGUUACCCCUUCAUAGCAACGCUGUCAGGAAUCACACUGUUUCUAGUGAUUAAUAUUGCUUCGCUUCUGAAGAAUCUUCUAUGUGUGACCAUAGACACUGGUUUAUUUCUUCUGCAAAAUAGGGCGGUGGAACAAUAUCAAAGAGGGGCGGCUAAUGGUAUUGCUAUGACUGGUAUGUCUAUAUUCAAAGCAAUUGGGCCAGCUGGUGGUGGUGCAGUAUUAGCUUGGUCACAAAAACGGAUGCAUGCAUCUUUCCUCCCAGGCACUCAUAUGGUUUUCUUUAUCCUGAAUGUUGCUGGAGGACUCGGAGUGAUAUUGAUGUUUACGCCAUUUCUGGCUGAAAAGAAGAAAACACCCUCUGAGCAGUUACACUAAAAUGGUUUUUCUAUUAAGGGAUGAAGCAACUCAAGGUCCUAUGGUGAAGCAGUUACUGUAUUCACAAGAUAGUUACAAAAUAUGAACUGCAUGGUUGAUUUGAAGGAGGAGCCUAAUAUGACUCGAAUGAUCAAGCUAAGCUUGACAUGCUGGAGGUGGAGUUCAACGUGACCUGAAUGAUCAAGCUAAGCAUGACAUGUUGGGUGAGAUGGUUGUACUAUUUGUGUACUAUUAUUGUUUUGUACUAUUUGUGUGGUCACUUUGGGGCCUGACUAUUUUACGUUAUACUUUUGUAUGAUUGGGGACUCUUUUUACUCGUGGUACCCGAGUUGAGCUCCGUCGUACAUCAACUAUAGUAUUUAUGAUGCAUGCCCUGUUGGUAUUUGAAA